AUGUCCGAGGGACAACCGGAGUGUACCGCGGCAGCUUCGGCGGCGCUGCAGGAGGCUGUCGCAUUGGCGCGCAAACACAGCAACGGCUACCUGGACCCCGUGCACCUCGCGGCGGCGCUCUUCAAGAACGACGAUGGCCUUCCGGCGCGCGUGUUGAAGAAGAUCGGCGCGGGCAUCGUCACUGACGCGUUCGCGGGCCGCAUCGAGGCGCUGCCGACACAGACCCCCGCGCCGACGCAGCCGCAGCCAAACGCCGACAUGUCUCGCGUGUUGAACACCGCGGAGCAGAAGCGUGUGGAGCUCGGCGACACGCUUAUGGCCGUCGACCAUCUCAUCCUCGCGCUGUACGAAAGCAAGGAGGUAGACAACAUCCUUAAGGCCGCCGGGGCACCAAAGAAGGUGGUCGAGAAGGCGGUGAUGGAGCUGCGCAAGGGGAGGAAGGUCACUUCGGAGUUUCAGGACCAGAACUACGGCGCACUGUCCAAGUACGCUUUGGAUUUGUGCAAGCAGGCGGAGGACGGCAAACUCGACCCCGUCAUUGGGCGCUCGGAGGAGAUCCUGCGCACGAUCCGCGUGCUCUCGCGGCGCACGAAGAACAACCCAGUGCUGAUCGGCGAACCCGGCGUCGGCAAGACUGCCAUUGUUGAGGGCAUUGCGCAGCAAAUUAUCCGCGGCGAUGUGCCUGACACCCUCUCCGCCGCACGCAUCUUCUCGCUCGACAUGGGUGCUCUCGUCGCCGGCGCAACGUACCGCGGUGAGUUCGAGGAGCGUCUGAAGAGUGUUCUCAACGAGGUGCGGGACGGCUCUGAGAACAUCAUCCUCUUUAUUGAUGAGUUACACCUUGUGCUCGGCGCUGGCAAGACGACUGGCGCGAUGGACGCAGCGAACCUGUUAAAACCGAUGCUGGCACGCGGUGAACUGCGCACAAUUGGCGCCACAACACUGGAGGAGUACCGCAAUUAUGUGGAGAAGGACGCAGCGUUCGAGCGGCGUUUUAUGCCGGUGCAGGUGUCGGAGCCGAGCGUUGAGGAGUGCAUCAGCAUCCUGCGCGGUCUGAAGGAGCGCUACGAAAUGCACCAUGGUGUUCAGAUUACCGACAAUGCAGUUGUGGUGGCGGUCCAGUUGGCUGACCGAUAUAUCACGAGCCGCUUCAUGCCCGACAAAGCCAUCGAUCUCAUUGACGAGGCGUGUGCCAAUGUGCGGGUGCAACUGUCCUCUCGACCAGAGGAGAUUGAUCAACUGGAGCGCAAAAAACGUCAGCUGGAGAUUGAAGCCAAGGCACUAGAGCGGGACAAGGACAAGGCAUCGCAGGAGCGACUGAAGGCCGUCAAGGGUGAUAUUCAGCGCGUGGAUGAACGCCUCCAGCCGUUGGUAGAGCGGUACAAUGAGGAGCGCACGCGACUGGACGAACUACAGGAGAUGCAGUCCCGCCUUGACGAGAAGAGGACUAAACUGGAGCGUGCGGAGCGUGCGAACGAUAUGGGGCUUGCAGCGGACCUCAAGUACAACGUUAUUCCCGACAUACAGGAUCGCAUCCGCUCACUGAAGGAGAAGAUUGAGCAGCAAAAGGCUUCCAUGGUACAGGAGAAGGUUACAGAGGUCGACAUUGCAGCAGUGGUGGCUCGCUGGACAGGCAUUCCGGUGGCGAAGUUAAGCCAGACUGACCGCGAGCGGCUGCUGCAGCUCUCCGUGCACCUGCACCACCGCGUGAAGGGGCAGAACGAGGCGGUGGAGCGUGUGGCCGAGGCCAUUUUGCGCUCGCGUGCCGGUCUUGCACGGCCGCACUGCCCGACCGGCUCUUUCUUGUUCCUUGGCCCUACAGGUGUUGGCAAGACGGAGCUUGCAAAGGCCGUGGCGGCGGAGCUCUUCGACGACGAGAAGCACAUGGUGCGCAUCGACAUGAGUGAGUACAUGGAGCAGCACGCGGUGGCGCGUCUUAUAGGUGCGCCGCCCGGUUACGUUGGGUACCAAGAGGGCGGGCAGCUGACGGAGCCGGUGCGCCGCCGCCCUCACACGGUGGUGUUGUUCGACGAGGUGGAGAAGGCGCACCCGACGGUGUACAACGUGCUGCUGCAGGUGCUCGACGAUGGUCGCCUCACCGACUCGCACGGACGGACGGUCGACUUCAGCAACACCAUCAUCAUCAUGACGUCGAACCUCGGCUCCGAGCACCUCAUGCACAUGGGCAACUCGCCCAGGACAUACGAGGCGACGCAGGAGAAGGUCAUGCAGGCGGUGCGCAGCUACUUCCGCCCCGAGUUCCUCAACCGCCUCGACGACAUUGUCCUCUUCCGCAAGCUCGGCUUCGAGGAGCUGCACGAGAUCAUCGACCUCAUUGUGGGGGAGCUGAACGUGCGCAUGCAGUCUCAGAACGUGUCGGUGACGCUGAGCGAUGACGCGAAGAGCUUCGUGUUGGACAACGCCUUCGACGCCGAAAUGGGCGCCCGCCCGCUGCGACGCUGGGUGGAGAAGCACAUCACCACGGAGGUGGGCCGCAUGAUAGUCGCGCAGCAACUCACGCCAAACAGCACCGUGCGCGUUGCCGUCAGCGCCGAAAAGUCAAAACUUGUCUUCACCGUGAAGCGGGCGGCAACGGGGUAG